ACGACCACUUUGUCUCUCAACUACCACAUAGAACGGAAGCAAUAAAUGAUAGCUUUAUGUAGGCUCUACGCGACCUGGUCGUUGAGAACAAUAGUCAAGCAUCACAGCAUUGUGCGAAAAUUCGCUUUACAUACAACAAGCAUGACUUCCUUAGCCUCAUGGCCUCCGCACGGACAUCAGUCCGCUAAACUCGUCCUCCGGUCCCAUCUAAUCUAUAAAGGCUUCCAUUCUCCGGUGAUUUUCUCUCACUUUGUUCUCUCACCCUUCACCGCUCUCGUCGAUUGCGACACCGUUAAGCCCAACCAUCAAGACCUCCUUAAGAUUCCUCAAGACUAAACAGCAUGUCAAGUUCCUCUGGUGAUGAUCAGAUCCUUCCUGGAGACAUCGUCUCUGUCAACAAUGGCGUGGGCCGCAAAGAAGGCCUCGUUGUUGGCUCUCAUUGGGACUACGCCGGCCGACAGAUCGUGGAAGUCCAGCUUGAACCUGGAGACAUUUACCAUGCAUGCUAUCCUACUGUCACCCGCGUGAAGCGCACCAUCUCCUACAAUAACCCCAACCCACACAAGCACCGAACUAUCCAACGUACCAUUUACUGGUGACCUAUAUCACUCUCAUCAGUCUUGCGGUUUGCUCGUCGUUGAUAUACCUGGAGCUCUGAACUCUGGCUCGUCAAAGUUUCCCAUACAUCGCUAAGUUCACAUAGAUGCGCGCCUUGCACGAUCGUCGAACGACUUCACUUAACCCUGUACCAUUAUCGUCGUCGCCGCGGUCUUGCGUUGCCUUCAUGACUGCUGGAUGGUGCAGCGCACUCAGGAGUGGAUUGUACAUAUAAGUAUUUGGGUGGUUCAGUUAUUUAGGAUGGGAUUUUUUCUGGAGGACCUGUAGGAUGUGUGUAUAUUGCGUUUAGUUGGAAUACAAUGGGCUGAGUGGAGAACGGUC